CAAGUGGCUGGUGGCUGCCUCAGUCAACGCGCUGACACGGUGCCUGUCGAGCAGUGCGAUCAAGCAGCUUUGGUUUCUUUCGGACCGACCUGACAGAGAGUGUUGUGACCUGUGACCCGGCGCGUGAAAGGGAUUUUUGUGCCGACGCGGGGGAAACAACGCUGACCCACGAGCAGACAGGCAGGCAGGCAGAAUUCGGAGCGCGUGCUUCUGCAGCAGAUAAGGAUUAACGCAGUUUAAAAUGCGGACCGGGCUUACACUGAGCCGCACGUUUCGUUGUUAACCGACUUUUAAUAAGAGGAUGUGGGUGAGAUGAAGGCGCUAGUGUGUGCAUCCGCAUGGCGAGCAGCAUGCCAGUGAGCGAGGCGACGAGCGAGGCGGUGACGACGGGGCCACGCGGUGCUGAGGAGCAGCCGGCGCCGCAGGACCCGUCCGAAGAGGGCGGCGUCGGCGGUGGCUCCGUCCUCAUCCGCGUCCACGUGCCAGAGCUCAACAUCAACAAGUGCCUGCAGUUCGCCCGCGAUGAGCUCAUCUGGAACGUCAAACAACAGUGCCUCGCCGCCCUACCAAAGGAACUGAAGGAGAGCUUCAACUAUGGCCUAUUCGUUCCGCCGGCCAACGGCAAGGCCGGGAAAUUCCUGGACGAGGAGCGCCACCUCACCGACUACCCUUUCAGCGGGCCCGUCGGCUAUCUUGAGCUCAAAUACAAGCGGCGCGUCUACAAAAUGCUGCACCUGGACGAGAAGCAGCUCAAGGCUCUGCACACGAGGACCAAUCUACGCCGACUACUCGACUAUGUCUCUAACAGACAGGUGGAAAAAAUCUCCAAGAUGUGCUCCAAAGGGCUCGACCCCAACUUCCACUGCGCUGAGACUGGAGAGACGCCACUGACGGUGGCAGCGGCGACACCGCGUUCGUCACGCGUGCUGAUUGCGCUGGUGAACGGCGGGGCGCUGCUGGACUACCGGACGCGCGAUGGCACGACGUCGAUGCACCGUGCCGUCGAGAAGAACAACUUCGAGGCGAUAAAGACGCUGCUGGACCUGGGUGCCAGCCCCAACUACAAGGACUCCAAGGGCCUCACGCCGCUCUACCUCUCCAUGAACCCUAAUGUCGACCCGAUGCUGUGCGAGGCGCUUCUGCACGACCACGCCAUCAUCGGCGCCCAGGACGCCCAGGGCUGGCAGGAGGUCCACCAGGCGUGUCGGCACGGCCUGGUGCAGCACUUGGAGCAUCUACUCUUUUAUGGUGCCGAUAUGAACGCGCGGAAUGCGUCUGGCAACACGCCGCUGCACGUGUGCGCCGUGAACGGCCAGGAUAGUUGCAGCAGACUGCUCCUUUUCCGCGGCGCCGACCGAGAGGCCCUCAACUUCGCCAAUCAAACCCCCUACCAGGUGGCUGUGAUUGCUGGAAACCUGGAGCUCGCUGAGACAAUCCAGAAGCACCGUCCUGAAGAAGCUGUCCCCUUCCGAGAGCCUCCGCGGUACAACCCCAAACGGCGUCCGACGAGCGCCAUCUACCUGCAUCGCAGCGGCUCGGUGCUGGACUUUGCGUCGGCGGCGGCGGUGCUGCCGUCGUCGACGUCGUGCCUGGCGCUGACCGGCGGCGGCGGGGGCACGCUGCAGCGGGGGCCGCCCAGCUCGGUGUCGAGCCACGCGCUGCUGUGCGCAGGGACGCCGCCCCCGCCGCCGUCCCCCUCGCCCUCGGACCGCUCCAACCCACCGUGCUUCAGCUCCGGCUGCUCCAGCCUCAGCGAGGCCAGCUCCAACCGCGGCAGCGAGGGCUCCAGCGAGGACCCCAACAGCAUCGUCACAGACAAAAGCCUCCUCGACCAGUGCGACAUUAUCAGCGACAGCUCGGGCGUUGGCACCUCCAACAGCGGAGGGAGCGGUGGCGGCUACGAUACCGGCGCCGGCCUGCUUCUGGCCGGCGUCACGGCCGUCUGCGUCGAGAAUUACAGCUCGAAUACGCCGGGACACCUCUGCCUCACCCAGGGAGAUAUCGUCGAAGUCACGGGGGCGACGGACUGUGGCCUUCUGGAGGGCACAUGCCGUGGACGGAGCGGGCUGUUCGCUGCGCACUGCGUGCAGGAGGUGCGAAUGCGGCAGAACACCAACUCGGCGACGCUGCGGGUGGCUGGGCGCAGCGGCGGCGCCCUCGGCAACAAAACAAAUCAUUUCGCGACGGCGCCGCGCUCCAAGAAGCCCAUCACCAUCCGGCUACCGGCCGAGCCGCGCACCGUCGUGCUGCACCGCUCGCGCAAGGGCUUCGGAUUUGUGCUGCGCGGUGCUAAGGCCACCUCACCCCUCAUGGAACUCACCCCCUCCGAGCGCUGUCCCGCCCUCCAGUACCUCGACGACGUUGACGCAGGUGGCGUCGCCGACGUCGCUGGACUCAAGAAGGGAGACUAUCUGCUUGAGAUAAACGGCGAGGACGUGACCCAAGCGUCGCACGAGCACGUGGUCGAGCUUAUCAGGCGCUCGGGAGACCUGGUGGCCAUGAAGGUGGUCUCCUUGGGCGAGCCGGGCGUCGCGACGGGCAUGAAGGCGGCCACCACGCUGCCCAGCCGCCAAUGCGCCACCCUGCCCAGGAAAAUGAACUCGCAGAAUCGUAACCCGGCGCCACUUCCGCCUCGCAGGGACCCCAAGACCACGCUCAGUGUGGGCAGAGCUCGCGCCAGGUCGUUGGUGGCAGAUCUAGAUGGCAGCCAGCAGCAUGGUUCCGGGGGCCAUCUGGAGGAGGCGGAGGGCGAGGAGUCAACGACGCUGUCAGCCAACACGACCAAGAGCAGUUCGACGGAAAGCGUGCAGGCGCGGAGCACGCCACCGCGCACAGCCUCGAUCAGGGCGCGGCCUACCUCGUCCAGGAUCACGGCCGCCGAGCUGGAGGAGCUAUUCGCGCGGCAGGGCCCAGCGCCGCCAUCACCUGCAGGCAGCGCCAGGACGCCCAAGGUUUACGCUAGCGUCGCUGAAAUGAAACGAUCCAGAGGAAAGCUGGGUCGGCGUGGGGCGUCUGACACGCUACACAAGUCGUUCAGUAGCACGCCAGACCUGGCGCACGUGAGUCCGACGCACGCCGGCGCCCGAAUGUGGUCGUCGCGUGGCGCCCGCAGCCAAGAGGACAUCUCGUGGUGGGUGCAGCCGACGCACACUACCGCCAAACACAGAAGGAACAGAGUUAACAAGAAAGGUCACAUCGGCACGACGGCAAUGACGAACGGCGGCCGCGAGUACGGACACGCGUGGCGCAGCAUGGAGCGCCUGCAGAUGGAGCACGAGGCGGUGACGCGCUCGCUGUCGCAGCGCACCAGAUCGCUGCCGAGGAACAGAUCCCUCGGUAGCGGUGGCGUCGGCGCCGCACCACCCCCGCCUACCCACCCACCGCCGCCCAUCCCCGUCGGGCAGGUGGUUAGGGUCGAGGUAACGCCCAGGGCAAAAGGCAGUGGCGAGUAUGCCACCGUCCGCGACUCACCUGUCGGACAGCAGGCAGACAGUAGAACGGCCACCCCGACGAGUCCUGAGCCAAUCAUGUCGAGUUUCCGCCCUGGUCCGGCCAAGCUUUACGCCAGUCCUGAGGAGGUGAAGGUGGUGGCCCUGCGGCAGGGCUCGAGCACGCUUGGCCGCACGCCCAAAGAAGGUGCCAACAAAUCGCGCUCGCACAGUCUUCCGCCCAGCGGCGCCAGGCCCCUGGUCCGAAAGCACAGCAGCCAAGGUGAGGGCAGCACCACUUUCAAGCCCCCGGCCGACGGGGCGCCCGCCUCCCCAGAGAAAGGUGGGGGCGGCGCCGCUAGCCCCUACGCACAACCCUUCCAGCACAACAACGUGCCGGCCACGGCUACGGCCACUCCGGUCGCCCCUCCGGCUGCUGCCGCCGCCCCUCCCAUUCCAGAACCUGAUUACAGCAUGAGCGAGGGCGAGAGCGACGAGGGUGGCAGCGAGUCUACAAGGGGCAGCAAGAAAGAGCGGCGGGCUUCGCGGCAGAGCUCGAAGGAGUCAAACACAGCCGAGUCAGUGAGCCCGAAUGGGCCGCUGUCGCCGUCGGCGCGCUCGCAGUGCAUGUCGCCCGUGUUCAAGGACCUGCUGGCGCAGAAGGUGGCCGAGCGGCAGACCAGGGUCAACGGUGCCGCCACCCCCGCCGACGAGACGCCGCCUCCACCACCGCCACACGCGCCACCAGGCCCCGAGGCGCAGCCGUCGGCCGCCGCCGCGCCUAAGCCGGCCCCCACGGCCGCCCCCGGAGCAGCUGCAGCCACCAACGGCAAUCUACCUCAUAGUUUUAGUGUGGAGGAGAUCCAAAAGGUAAAAACUCAGUUAAAGAGCUCGAAAUCCUAUCCCAAUGACUUCUCCCAGGAGGAUGGUGAUAAUUCAUCAUCAGGGGUGAGUUCCGACCAGGACACGCAGCCCGAGCCCAAGAUAUUAGCGGCUGGCGAGCUGCUCACUCACUCCAAAUCCUCCACACUCCCCUCCAAGAGUCAGCAGGCCAGGGCAAUCCACACAACGCGGAUCCAGGUGGGGGCACCCGCCUUCACACGCAGUUCGAGCGUGAUCAACAGCGGGCGGGCGCCGGGGCAGAAGGGCCCGGCCGCCCUCGCGCUCAACGUCAACGGAAAGAUGCCGGCACCGCCUGAGAAGAAAGCCAUGCCGCUGCCGCCACCACAGCAGCAGCCCCAACAGCCUAAGGAGGACAUAAAGCUCAUCCUCGAAGAACGCACCUGGCAGCCUGACGGCAGCGAGAACACAGACGAGCCAGACGCUGCGACAACUACAGCAGCGACGACAACGUCGUCCAAGCCGCGAAGGAAGAGUGAGGACGGUGCCGGGACCGCUCGUCGGGCGGGCACGGGCACCCUGACGCGGCACGCCGUGUCACUAGUGCAACUUCCUCCGCCUCAAGAGAGUGAGGCCGAGAGCGAGCACAGCCUACCACCAGCCAUCCGCCACACCAGCAUCAACUCGGCCACGCUGCCGCAUAAGACCACCAAGACUGUCACCUUCCUCGACCACAAGAUUCAGGAGGAGCGCGACCGCGAGCGCCAGCGUGAGAUCGAUCGAGAAAGGGAGCUCAGGCAGAUGCAGUUGCGUGACGUGCCGAUCAUGGCGUCCAAGCUGAUCAUGCCAAACCACAGACAGCCAGUUUCGUCAAUGCGCGGGCACGGCCGAAGCCGCGAGGUGGACGCCAUGGGCAGACCCAUUGAGAUGGAGAGGAGCAUUGAGGAGAGUCUCCAGCUUAUCCAGAGACACGUUGAACAGCUCAACAUGGUCAGCGUGGUUCCUCCUCCGCCUGAGUUUGAUGGGGCCCGCGCAGCGGCUGCGGCGGCCGCAGCGCACGCACACCACUACCACCCUCACCAGGGGACGCACCCACCGCACCAGCAUCAGCACCAGGGCGUGAUGCACGCGUCGUACCCAUCGCCGCACCAGCCGGGGACCGGUGCGGGGGCGGGCGGGGGCCGGCCGCACCACUCGCACCUCUACCACUUGCACCCGGCGCCUGAGGAGCCGGUGCUAGUAGCGCCUCCACCCGAGUUCAGUGACCUCGGCGAGCAGCACAAGAUGACCAUCCGGGUGAGCGGCGCCACCAGACAGACCCUGCAGCGCAUGACGCCCGAGCAGCAGGCGCAGUACCUCCGGCAGCGACAGCUCGAGGAGAUGGCGCGCCACAGGCACCUCGAGGACCUCAACCGGCAGCGGCAGGAAGCCCUCCGCAUCCAGCAGCAACAGCAGCAGCAGCAAAAGACUGUCCGCAUCGUCGGCACCCUGCCCAAGAAGGCCCCCUAGAAACACACACAAACUGCGAAAGUACUGAAAACUAUUUGGAAAACUGACAUUUUCGUGUCCACCAGUUGGAAGGGGAAAAUCGGAAAGGCUUCGUCAUCAGAUAAAUUGAAUUUGCUUUGGAUUUCCGCCAAAAGAGCCGUAACUUUU